ACAAACGGUCAUACGCAAAACAAGUUCUGGACCUGAUUGCGAACAGCGCUGCCCUUUUGACUUCUCGGCAUUUGUGUUUCCCCUCCUUCCCGAGCGCAUUGCUCCAGCUAGAACUCGAAUUGCAUAUGCUGUACACUCAAUAGGCGAAUGUUUCAGUUAUUCGCAGCUGCAAGCGCAUUUGGUUCCCAAGCGCAGCUCGCGCUUCGGACGCUGAGGGAUUGCUUAUGACGUCGCAUUGGGGCUGGCCGUAGACAUGGCUUGGGAGCCGGGUCGAGGGGGCGCCGAGGACCGCUUGCUGCUGUCGGACCCUUACCGGCGAAGCCCAGCAGCGGCCGGGCGCCAGAGCCAAGCGCCCCCAGGUGGCACGAGCUCGCCUACGAGGCCGGUGCGGGCGGGUGGCUAUGCGUCCAUGGCCCAAACACGCGUGGGCGCCACGCCUGGUCGCGGCGCUUCCGCCUCAGCGGCACCGGCGCAGGCACGCUCCAAGACACCGGGGGCUGUUCGUCCUGGCCUUGCUGGUGCAGCAGGGCUGUCCGCAACCACGGCCGCCGCCAGUACCCGGCGGGCACAGACGCCGCCGUCCCGCUUGGCUGCGACUGCACCCUCGCGCACGACGUAUGUAGGGGCUCCGACCAGCACGGCGCAGCGGUUGGCCGUGCCGCAGACAGCUGCUGUGCCUCAGCAAGCUGCAAUCCGCACGCCACCCAGUGUACGCAGCCGCAGUAGGAGCCCAUACGCCAGCGUGCCAAGCAGCGGCUACGGCCGUGCGGCGGGGCCUGGGCGCGUGGCCUCACCAGGGCCCGCGCCUACGAGAGCACCGCGGCAAACGACGUCAGCGACUUCAACCAGCCGCGGCGUGACCUCUUCUGGCUACGGCAGGAGCCCUUAUGCAGCUGCUAGCACGACAACGCGCACGCCUGGAUUCACGGCCGCAUUCGGCGCUGGGCAGCGGGCCGGCAGCACUGGGCCGGCUCGAGCGGGGCCGGGCACAGCACGCGGGACGGGCGCCCUCCAGCCGACAGGGGGCCGCAAUGAUAACUGGCUGACUUCUUACCAAAGGUCCUCCCAAGACUUCAUCGGCCAGCUCCAGGUUUUGCUGGGACAGGUUGACCCUGCAUCCCUGGAGGCGGAGGCCCGGGCUGCACCGCAGGCGCCUGCAGCGCCGCCGUCGACGUGGCUGUCGCAGCAGCCCGAGGCUGCGGUUGCGGCGCCCGCGCCCUCGCCGCCUGGGUCAGCGCUAGCAGGCAGGAAGGCAGGUGUGGGUUCGCUGGCCGCUCUCGCCAUGUCCUUGGACAAAGAGAUAGCAGAACUGCUCGGUAGCGACGCCCCCAUACGGCCGGCACAGCAGCCUGCGGCGGCGCAGCAGCCAAGGACGCCAAAUCUGGCCUCUGCACAGCCGCAGGCACAUGCACAGCCACUGCUGCCGCCACGCGCAUCCGCCCAGCCUGUGCAGGCGCAGUCGACGCAGCAGCAGACACCCAUGCAAUCCAGCAUGCCUUCACCUGUUCCCAAGCUGACUCCUAGCUCAACAACAGCAGCUGCGGACAAGCUCGCAGACAUCCUUCGCGAGUUCAGCGGCACAGGUGCUGGCGCAGCACCAGUGUCUGCUUCCGGCGCUGGGCCAUCCGAGCGGAGCACCAGUGCUAUUACCGCAGGCAGGCUAGGUGAACCACGUGCAGCGCCUGCGCUACCAACGAUGCCCACAGCAGCCGCUGCCGGGACAGGGCCUGGCGCGGAUUCGGGUGCUGAUCCUGUGGGGACAGUAACGACCGCAGCAACUGUGGCAGCCGGGGUGGCGGCAGCGGCGCCGGUGUCAUUGCCACCAGGCGCUGUCGGAGAGCUCUGGAGCGUUCUGCAGGCCAGCAAGCAAAAUGCAGCACGGCUAGCAGCAGAUCUGAAGGCGGCGCAGCAGGAGGCAGAGGAAGCCAAAGAGAGGCAACAGGAGGCAGAUGACCUUGCCCGCAUGUUCCAGUCGCAACUGCUGACGCGGCAGCAGCAGCUGUCGUCCUGGACAACAGCCAUGGUUGAGAUGCAGGAGAGGGAAGCGUCCGCAAAGGAGUUGCUACGCACUGCGCAGGACCGCUGCACACAGCUAGCACAGCAGGCGAAGCAGGCGCAGCAUGUGGCUGUCACUGCGCAGUUGCGGCUGGAGCGGAUACUGGCAGAUCAGCAGAAGCAGCAGAAGGAGAUGCAGAGUCUCCGGGAAGCGGCCACGCAUGCUGCGAGUAUCCACGGCUCACCUGCGAGUACUUGGCCACGGCCAUCCGCACGGUCACGGCCGUCUCAGACCGGGUGUGAACAGGAGACGGACGCUGCUGGAUCCAGUGCGGGCGGUGCAUCAUCAUCUGCUACUCAUCAGGCUGCUCUGGACUUGCGGAGCCUCCGGGCUGACAUGGCGGCCGCGCAGUCCCGGGCUACCCGUGCAGAGCUAGAGCUGGCCGUCGCUCGCAACCGGGCCAUUAUGGCGCAGCAGGAGCUGGCGGAGGAGGAGGAGCGCGCGCGCCGUGCCGCCACUGCGACGGGCGCCGCUCAGGAGGAGCUGGAGCGCACCCGGGCGGCACUGGAGCUGAUGGGUCGCGAUCACGACCGCCUGCGUGCCCAGCUGGAGGAGAUGCGGCAGCAGCUGCGCGCUCGUGACGAGGCGGAGGCUCGAAGGGCCACCGAGGCGGCCGUGCAAGCAGCAAAGGCGGCGGUGUCGACGCUCGUGGCUGCUGAAUCGCGGGGACAUGCGGUGCCCCGGAGCUCCGACAGCCCCACCAGCGCCAGCGGCACCAUGCUCCUGCCGAUGGGUGGUGCCGGUGGUGGAUGGGGUGCGGGCUCAGCAGGCGGUGGCACGAACAGUCCACUGCUUAACACGUUGUUGUCCACCGGUGACAUGGUGGCGCAGGGCUCUGCAACAGUCAGUGGAUUGGCGACAGAGCCGGUGAGCCACGGUUUCCUGCACCACCACCAUCACCACCAGCAACAACAACAGCAAUUGCUCCGCCCGCACCCUCACCUAUCAUCCCUGGAGCGACCCGAUCGGCCGUACAACCAGCGACAGUCCAUCUCGCCACCACAGCACCAGCAGCAUUCUGCACGGACCGGUGUUCAGGACGCCGCGCCGAGUGGCAGAGGCGGCCCGGGUCCUGUGUCAGGCGGAGUCAGCAUGCUGACCCUCACCCAGUUCAGGGCCGGUGCGGAGAAGGGCUCGUGCGGUACGCGGGAUACCCCGGAGGUCAGCAGUAUCAGCUAUGGCCAUCAAAACCUGCUCGGCAGCGUCAGCACCAGCUCCAGCAGUGCCGGAGGCAGUGGUGGGGGUGAUGACAGCGGCCGCGGCAGCACAACGGCCGUGAUGGCGCGGCUGGGUGCAGCCGCAGCUGCUGCGGCGGCGCAAAAGCAGGGUCCGGCUGCGCGAAUGGGGCAGGAGCCGGAUGCUGGCGCUGGUGCGGAUGCGGUCGCAGCCGGUGACAGGGCAAUCGUCGAGGACAGGUCACAUGCGGCUGCAGCGGGCCAGCCGCGAUCGCAGGCAGUCCCGCCGAUGCCAAUGCUGGGACCGACUUGGAGCAGCCGUCGGAACUCGCUUCUGCUGCUCGUGCCUGCUGACUUGCCGGGCGGCGAAGCAGGGCCGCCGUCACGCUACAGCAGCCAGCGCCGCCCCAGCGCUGCACUCCAUGCCCGCAAAUCGCAGGAGGAGAUGCAGUCGCCCACGCCCAGGCCCAGCGGUGCGACGGCUGUGCACGGCCGCCCUAGCUCGAACGGCAAGGCCGUCGUGGCGGCAGACGACAAUGGCCCAGGCGGCGAGGUGCACCAGUCUGCAGGAAUCCACGGCCCAAGGGCGCGCUCUGCUGCUGGCUUGAGCGGUCGCGGCAGUGUGGAGGGCGACGGCGGCUGUGCAUCCAGCCUUCGGCCCGCUCUUGGUGUACACCAGAGCAUGGUGCACAGGCCGCGCCACCUGGUGUCGCCGCCGCGCCGUGCCAGCAGCCAUGACCACCAGGCGCCCGCGCAUACGGUGGCCGCAGGCGGCGUGGCGCUUGCUGCGGGCGGCACCGUGUCCGGUCAGGAGGGCAUGCAGUCAAGCAGUCCGUCCGCAGUGCGCGUCAGCGCCGAAGCCGUCGCCGUAACGUCCGGAGGCCUGGCAUCGCUGUCCGUGGGCACACGGCGGGCCAUGCGGAUGCUGCUAGACGCCAGCUGCACCAGCGGCGGCGCUGGCGGCGCGCGCAGCAGCACAAGCAUCAGCGUUGCCGGCGGCCUGACGGACGAAAUGGUGCCGCUAUCUCGUGCGCCCUCCAGCGCGCGGCGCAGGCUAUCCUACGCGCGCUCUAGUACCGCCACCGGUGUGGGGCAACGAGUUGGCCGCCACAGCGGCAGCGGCGUAGCGGCCACCGGCGCAGGCGCAGGCGCAGGCGCAGCGACGCCAAUGCACGCAGCACCAGUCCCACCGGCUGACACAUCUGCAGCGACACAAGCAUGGGUGAAUUCAGUAUCGAGGCGGCCGCUACAAAGUGGCCUCGCAGACGGAGCCACUGCGGCCGACGGCGCCUCCUCUUUAACCACACAGCAACUUGCUUUGGACUCACCCUUGCCGCCCGUCCUGGUGGACCCGGCUGUGAGCGAGGUAAUGCGGCGAGUCCAGAGCGCGGAGCGGGCAUGGGCAGCUGCAGCAGCUGAGAGGAAGGAGGCCAGCACCAGUGCCGGCGCCGGCGCCAGUGUACUUGUCGAGGGCGCGAGCGCGGCAGUGCAAGCGCACGCCACCCUCGCAGAGCUGCGACAACAGAUUGCUGCUGCGGCGACGGCGGGGUCGCGAGCGCCAGGAGCGGGCAGCGCUGGCACCCCAAGUGCCGGCACGGGUUUUUGGCACGAGUCAACGAGCGCGGCGCCGGAGACGGACACGCGCACCGAGAUGGUCGUGGAGCCGGCGCGCGUCGCUGGCCCGGCCCCAGUUCCACCUGCAGCACGUCCCUCAGCUGCAACUCCGCCUCCGCCCCUGCAGCCAACUCCCGCCGCGGCCACCGCCAACAACAGAGACAGAGCGCAACGGCUGGCGCCGACGCCAGUCAGCGGAGCAGCUCAUGGCCACGUGCUUGCGGCCGUCGCCGCGGCAGAGGCGCGGACGCUGCCAACGCAUCAACCGCCGAACGCCGGGCAGCCACGCAGCACGUCGGCGCCAACGCCACCGGCACCACCUGUGCCUCGCUUGUCGCUGCAAACAGCGCCCCUGCAAGCCUUCAAGUCUUUUCCAGACCCAGAGCCUUCGGACUCACCGCGCGAGCGGGUCCGGCACACACCACGCCGCGGCGGCCGCCGAAGCCGCAGCCCAAGCCCUGGACCUAAUCCCACACGCCCUGCGCCGACUUUGCGCGGGCCCGCUGACCAGGCAGCGGCCGCCGAUGCAGCGACCCCCUCAUCUGGGAGUGCAGCCAGCAUCAUACCGGCUGCACCGAAGGCGGUAUGGGACGCGCGGCUGCCGGGAGCUGCGGUCGCAAGCGCUGGAGCGAGCCCCGCGCUGCUUCCGCCUGCGUCUAGGGCUGCUGAGCCAGCGCCUUUGCCUGCUGGCACGCACGUGCUCGAGGCAGCGGCGCCGGCACAACAGCAAGUGGAGAACGCGCACGGCGCGUACAAAGGCGGUAUGCAGCUUCCACCCCGUGUGAUGCCGUAUCGCCCCCCGGGCCACGACAACAGCCAGCCCCAUCAGCUCCCGACAACAUCUCUCAACGACAGUGCCUCCACCGUAACGCACGGGCACGACGUUGCAUGUAUCACAGAGGUGACUACGGCCACCGCUAGCACGCCCGCAAGCCGCGCCAUCGCUGCGGCCGCCGCCGGCUCUGCUCAUGCUGCGGCGAGCCCACUCCACAGCGGCGCGCCUGGCACAGCUACAGGACCCGGCCCGGCGCCCAGCAACCUGUACCCCUACCAGCAGCUGGACAGCCGGUUGCAAGUUGCAGAGGCACACAUGAGUGCGGACGCGGAGUCCGCGGCGCUGCUGAGACAGCUGGUGCUGACGCCUCGCUCGCGCAUGAUGAGCCCUUCACAGCUGGAGAGCUACCGUGUGAGCACUUCGCUGGCCGCCUCGUCAGUAGCGGACUCUUUGGCGGCCGGCGGCGACGCCAGCCUCAGCGGCAGCUUUGCCUUCGGACACGCCGGGCCGGCUGGGCUUCUGCCCUCCCACGCCAAGAAUGCGCCGCCGUUGCCCUUGCUGCAGCAGCAGCUGGGACGCAGUGUGGGCAUUGGUGCGGGCGCCGGCCGGUCUUCGGGCUUGCUGUCGCCCGUGGCGGAGCAGCGAGCGCUGGAGGCGCGGGUGCUGAAAGCGCAUGGGCUGGAUGUUGGGCUGACACCGCUGCGCGUGCUUGCGCGCAGCGCGUCAGCUGGAGAGGUAGUGCCGGGUGGGUCACCUGGUCGCUCGACAACCGCACCGGCUGUGGUCGCUGAGCACCGCAGCGCCGUGCAGCAGCGCAGCAAGCCGUGGUGGUUGCGCCUAAUGCUGGCGGUGGUGGGCCGCGGCGGCGCGACGGGAGCAGCAGCUGACUCCUCGUCCUGCUCCGGGUCGUCGUCGGAUAGCGGCGAGCGCCUGCCCAGCUACAUGCGACUGGACAGCCCUGGCAAGGCGCCGGCUCGCGCCGCAACCGAUGCACCGGCCUCUCCAAUGCAGGUGCGACUGGGCACCUCGUCUCCGUACGCAGUACGAGACUCCCGCUUCAGCUCGCCCGUACACACAGUGCCGACCUCGCCAAAGCCCGCACCGGCGACGGAAAAGCCGUCCGGCCAGUCGGCGCUCACGCCCGUCUCAGCCAGAGCGGGCACACCCGGCCGCAGCAGCGAAGCACACAAUGCAAGGCUGUCCGGUGCGACCGACAAGCGUUCUGCCAAGGGCACCCGGAGGCGCGGUGUGGGCGCAGAGGUGCAACAGGCGCUCAUCAACGCGGCGAUUACAGCGGGCGGUAUGGCGGUGGGAGUGGCGAUAGUGCUGGGUGUGGCGGGCUGGGCUGAGCGUGCGGUUGAGCGGCGGCGCUCCAGAAUGGAUGGGGAGGAGGCGCCAGCGCCCGGCUGCGGCUGCCGGCCUCAGGCUGCGCCACGGCGGCAAGCGCGUGGUCCGCAGGAGGUUGCGGAGAUAGAGGAAGGGCGUGCAGGCGUACGGCCAGGAAGGGAGGAUUAGCACCCGCGACGCUGGAAGGGCAAUCAAUGCGUCGUGCACUGCCAGCAUGGUGUGGCGUCGAUGGCAAUGCAGCGUGGCGGUUCUUACCGUCAGCACAUCUGGUGGUUUAAGCGCAAGGUGAUUCAUGGCUGGAAUGUGAACUCAAGGAUGGAAAGCAAGAAUACUGUUUGCCGCAUUACUGAAACUUACGUCGCACGCCGGGCAGGCGGCCGGAGUCUUGUCAUAGCUGCACUGUUUGGUGUCUGUCGUAAACCUUAAAGUGCACUGGAAGACAUUGUGUUCUGCUGGGCCACAACCGACGGCGAAUGCCAUAACUGUGUACGAUAGUAUUGCAAGUCACAACAACAGUCCACCUGUGCGUGUUCAUGCGUGUUCAUACUGACGAGGCAUGGAGAAAGGCCGGUAGACAUGGCCACAUUUGUGUGUUACAUUUGAUAUCAAGGUGGCGCGAACCGACAAUAAUAUGCAGUACCUACAGCACAGUAAUACAGGAACGUAAUGAUGUGGUGAAGGAGCGACACGUUUGGCGGAGUUGGCUCACUUUGAUACCGUACCGUGUGGACCGGGACGGUCUGGUGCUGGGGGUUUAGCCUUAUAUCAAGCCCUUACAUCCUCUGGGGGCGCCAAAUUGCGGGUUCUCCUUGGAGUGCAGAGAAACGCGGGAACGCGGAGGUACGGGAUGAAUAAUGAAUGUAUUGGCAACUGUUAUACUAUGGCGUAUGUACGGUAUGCUACUAAUAGGUUUGGGCACGCAAGAUGCAAGGCAGGUCCGCGAGGCAAGAAGGGGCCUUCGGGAGUACACGGUUUCGGGCACAUCGUAAUAAAAGGCCAUGGGGAGUGCAGGUGGGGUGACGCCAAAGGUGGACCUGUGAGCAGGCCGCCGUGCCAACAAAGCUUGUUGGAAGCGGAAUCCCUGUGGCCAGGGGGCAGCCCCGAAGUCGGGGAGU